CACCGGGCGUCACCGGGCUAUCUACUUCGGACAUUCAACCUCAACCAUAUACACGGGCUUCGCGCGGGGAGGGAGACAGACCGAUAUUGGUCCCUUCAUUAUUAUUAUUAGAUCAUUUCAUCCUUCAUCACACCGUCCGCUUGCCCGUCCUGCAAGGCCGCAGGCGCCUCAUCGUACCCGCAUCUGGGGCCUCCAGCGACACGCUCCUCAUUGCAUUUGCGCCAUCUCACUGUCGAAUUGAGCAACAUGCUCAGAGCGCGCACAUCUUGGCCAUACUAUGAUUCCACGAUAAUAUCUAAAUCUCCACAAAAAUCAUCGGAUCCUUCUUCCCAUCUACCAUAGCCCCGCUCGACGCGUCGCAAUCUGCACAGGCAGAGUUGAUGAAGGUUCACAGCGCGGGUUUUGGACGGCAUAUACAGAAACAAUAUCAUCGGAGCGUGCCAUAGGAGCUGCUGUCUGUCUAAUGGAACUUCUCAAGACAUGCGAUACAAACGCGCAGGCCAUCGGCGACUUUGAAGCAAUCGAGUAUCAAUCAUUCUCUAUCAAGCGCGACCCUGCCCAACCUCUCGCAAGACCAGACGAAAGGAAGCUGUCCGAAGAUCCGCGCGCAGUCGAGGCAGAGCUCCGCCAACAACAACACCUGGUUAUACAAGAUGCAUCCAGGCCUUGGAUAUGGCUUUUCCGCGCUACCAAGGUCGAUCAGGUUGGCCAGGCACCUCGAGAGCUGCCCACAGUGCCCGGCUAUGAGUUGACUAGUGAACAUUCGGGCAUCAUGAAGGCUUCAGAACUCAUGGCGCAGCCACCCCUACGUCCCCUCAAUCGCGCCAGCGCGUCUACAAUGUCUCCCGCAACGCCAUUACAAUCAAAACCACCCCAGUCUGGGACAGGUCGCCCUCCAGAUUCUCAACAGCCGUUCGAUAUCUGGACCAUCUAUGAGCUGUUCACAUCAUCUGUCGUCGCAUCAAUAGCCUAUUUCAUUGCCAAAGAUUAUCACGGGAUUGGGUUGAAUUACCGGACAUUUCUAUCGAAACCGUUUGCUUCGCAGGAGCCCGACCGACGUGUCUAUAAGUUAGACGACACACCUUACCAGCUGAACGAUAUCAAUGUGUACUGGGCAAGCUCAGGCACGCUCAUUGUAUCCAUAACCUCAGUAUUGCGCCCCGAGAUCCGCUGCUUAGAGGAUGUUAUACUACGGGAUGUACAAAAGGAUUUCCUUGGACGUGUGGUGCGUGUAUCGCCUUUCGGUGCUAUAGCAAUGGUUGUGAGCUUCGACGAUCCCCUGGAUUCUGCGGCAGAAGAUACGACUCAGCGGAUGCAAAGAAAGCGGGCCAGAAUGAAUACCGUGGAACAUGGCAUAGGAAGAUGGAAAGCUCUAGUCAAGCGAUGGCUGCAUUGGAAAGGUUACUCUCUUUCCGGUCUUGAGAACAAGACUUCCUGGGUCCGGAUCAGCAUCACCCCAACGAUUCAAACCGCCCUCACCUCCCCUAUUCCUGGCCUUCCAACCAAAAGUAGAGAGAUUCUGUGGCCAGCAGCCAUGCUAUUCUACUACGACGACCCCAGCGCUCCAAACAUAAGUCUAUUACCUACUCGCACUGCUCCACUUGACUGGUUCGAAACUUCACAGUCACCUGGAUUCAGCGACCCGAUAGAUCUUGCACAACAGUGGUUCGUGGGCAAGGCGGAGCGAGACAAAUUAAUAGAAGCACGCCGGCGGGCACAGAAGGCAGAAGAAGAGGCUGCUCGGCCCAAGGACGAGAUGCCAGGCGGGCUGUUCCCCUCGUCACCCCUCAAUGCCCGCGCAGGAGCCUACGGGGAGCUCCAGGCUAUCAGCGGCGUGUAUCCGACACCUCCAGACGGCAUCGUUCCAGCUGCCGCGACCAGUGGCGACACUCCUAGUGUGACCGGUGUCGCAACGAGCACUGUUCUGGUACCCGGAGGAAGUAAUCCUGCCAUCAACCUGUCGGCGCCCCAAGACGCCGCGCUGCCUGAUGAAUCGGCAGCAUCGGCAGCAUCGCCGGAUUUUUCCACGCACUUUGAACAGUUUAACGGCGGAGGUGGCAAUGAUGAUGAUCUGUUCGAAGAGAUGGACCAGGAUCGAUUUGAGGGGAACGGCGUCACCGAUGCAGACUUCAACUUCUUUGACGAGCCCGAUGGUGACGACGUAGACAUGCUCGAUGCCUCCACCAUGCAGGACAUCAAGCCACCCCCAAAGAAGCCUUCUAAAGAAAAAGCUCCGCAGUCGAAACCCGAAACUCCGAUCAAGGAGGAUACCUCCAAUCCCAUGGCUGCGCUGGAAGAUGCACUCGCAAUGGAAUCCGCCACCCAUGGUUCCAUUUCCGGGGUCAAACUUGAGCAAGAAGAAGCUGAAUUAGAACCUCCUCUGACUGCUUCAAGCCAAGAGAACGAACCAAGUACGAAAGAGAAUGCUGUAGCACCUGUCGAUAGAGGUCCUACACCACCACUAAGUCCCAAUGAUAUUCACGACAAACUGCGACCUUCAUCAAUGGACCAAUCAGGGCUACAAAGGCCAAGACUUGACAGCGCAUUCGAUCCAAUAAUUUUCAAUCAGAAGAUGAAGUUAUCGGAUGCAAAAUAUCUCGACGGACGAUUCGGAGCAUUGCAGGGCAAAUUAGUGCAAGCCGACGAGGAGACCGACUCAAAAUCUAACCUCAAACGGCGACCUGCCAGUUUGCGGGACAUUCCUCUAAUGACCAAGCUACGCUACGCCAUAGGGGUAGCUACUUCGAAAGGCAUACCGGAGAUUAGCCACCUCGCGAGAGCGGACGAUGACUUUACCGAUGCGUCGAGUGAAACAUCCUCUGUGUUCGAGGACGAUGUAGACGACGUGGUCGAUGUGGUCUCGUUACCUCCUGAGCCGCUCUCAGCGGGACUUAUCAUGGGAGGAGGGAAGAGGAAGCUUCCAACGGAUGGAAACGCCACUCCUUUGUCGUCUGUAUCGUUCGCCGACUCCCUCGGAGAAUCCUUUGAGCUUGGUGGGCUGCAAACCGAUGAUAGCUGUCUGGCAUUAAUGGAUGCUUCUCCUUGGGAUUGGUCUUUGGCACUCGUGCCCGGCCCUGUUGAGGUUCCGGCUUCCACUGGCCGCUACAGCAUUCCUACGUUCUCUCCCGCUGUUGCGUCGUUGCCGGGCACCCCAACCUCACAACCCGACUUCAAUCUUGAUCCUCCGGACGAGAAGCCUUUGAGCCGAAACGAUUGUAUUGCCGUUACCCAGGUCGUCACCGAGCAGGUUGCUUCUUCGACUCUCGAUGUCCUCCACCAACACAACGAAGAUCAGCCAGUAACCAGCAGCUCUACCGCCAGUAGUAAACAACUAGAACCGGCUGUCACAGCAGUUUUUCCGAAUGCCACCGAAUGUACCGUGUCAAGUCUAAUUGCCAUACAUGAUGUCUUUCCUGAGAAUUUACCACAGCCCAAAGGGCCACAACGAGCUCCGCCUCGUCGACCGAACGAGCCAGCACCAACGCCUGGAAACCAUUUAUACCAAAUCAAUUCAUCAUAUAUCCGCAUUCGUCGUGCAGACACUCUGUGGGACCUCUUGCCUCCAGCCUUGGCCUUCUGGGAGACCCUUGGUCUGUCUCCCUGCAGCCCACCGAAGAAUGUAGCUACCUUCUGCAUAUACCCGAACAGCGAUUCUCUCAAACCAUGCCUGGAAAACUUUAUGCUCAACAUGCAAGUCGCGUAUGAGGGCUGUAAAUUGGGGGCACAUACAAAAGGAGAGACUCUUGCCGACUAUGAGAAUGGUCUCAUACCUGUCAUCAUGGGUACCCAACCCUCGUUCCGUAUGGCCUUCAAGUCAUUGCGGGAUACGUGUUACAGUCUGGGAAAAGUUCUGGCCGUGAAACUCGCCCAGAUGCGCAAAAAGGACGAACCGAAAAUUGAUGCGUUCGUCAUCUACAUGAUCGAUCCCUUCGAUAACCCGUCGUCUGUGUGGGAACUUUGUUCUGCGUUCUGGUCACUCUUUCAGUCGUAUGGCCAAGGCCCCCAAUCAAGACCGGACCAGAUGCCUAAGCCUGAUCUUGUUCUGCAGAUCGUGCCAAUGAAAUACAUCGCGUCAUUCGACUCGCCCGUCAUGCUGAGCACAAGCACUUAUAUCAAUCUCGCUCGCGAAGUCUAUGAUCGAUGCCCUCCUAGCUCUCCAAGCGAGGAUAAGACUCCGCUCAGCAUCUACUCGGCGCCAGCUUUUCAACUGGAAGAAUCUAUACCAAGGCAAAUCCCCUUCAGCCUCAAUGCAGACACACCGCAGGAUCUUCUGCGCGAGAACUCGUACAUGCACAUUGGAUACGCAAUCAGUCUCGACGGCGCUUGGUUGACAGCUGCCUGGACCGACAGAUGCGGCAAAUCGCAAACGAUUGUCUCGUACAAUCUCGGCACACGUGUUUUCGGCGAGAUUGCCAAAGAGAUAUGGGCAACCACCAUCGAAAUUCUACAAGCCAGAAAGGUCACCUGGCGUAUAUGCAUUGCCAAAUCGGGCGUAAUGGAGAGGGAAGAGCUAGACACCUGGAAAUAUCUUGCAUCUUGCCCAACCCACUUCAAUCUGUUCACUACACUACUUACGGUUGAUCCUCAUCCGAGUCUACAAAUCCAUCCUAACCUACUUCCGGCUGUUUCCCUACCUACCGGUAACACCCAGCCAUCGACGAACACACCAGGCUCAACUCCCCAGGCAGGGGUUUCUCCUGAUCCACAUAACCUUACGCCCGCUGCAACUCCGUCCGCAGAUUCCGCCCCAGAACCAGCGACGGAUCCUGAUGCUCGACUUGUCGAUGUCACAGAUGAGUCUUGGGGAAUUGUACUCGCUCACCGCCUGCACAACUCGAAUUCGACCGUCGAAUUUCGACCAGCCCUCAUCUCGGGUCUUCUCGUGAAACGCGGUGUCCCUUCAGGCCUGGUCUCCGAUAGCUCUGGUCCAUCAGCGGCAGUUUCCAGCCUUCCCUCACCCUCUGAGCCCGGUCCGAUCGUCGUCGGCGUCAAUAUACUCUGGGUUGGAGCGGUCAACCCAACCAAUCCCAACCGCGCCCCCGGUCCUCAAUCACCAUUCCCACUCAGUGCAGACGGCACCUCACCGGGGCCUAGUCCGGUGCAAGAGCGACCUACGAGUAGUCUCAUGUGGACACCGACCGCGCAGAUGCGCACGACUGCAGAGAAUCUACUGAAAGAGAUGAUAGGACAGUUCAGGGCCCUAGGCACAUUGGCGCGUCUCAAGGGUGUUCAAGGUACUCGCGGAGGUGCUGUUCCCUGGCACGUGGCGGUCGCGAAAAGAGGCGUUGAAGGCUUGACCAGAUGUCUUGCAUCACCUUCGGGUUGAUUACAUGUUUUGUUGUUAUUAUCAGAAUCAUUAGCGACGGCGUUUUCAUUGGGGUUUUACCUUGGACCAUACUUGGCCCUAUUUCGUUUCGCCAUCUAGGGACUUGACAUUGGAAAUUUCUUAAUCGUCUGGCACUUCGGUGCCGCCAUGUGGAUGUUCAUCUGUAUAGGAGUAACGUACUUGGAGAUAUAUUCCGACCGUCUUCUGGGUUUGAAGAACGGUGGAUAGGAGUAGCAUAUGUGACGAAUCCCUUCUGGAUAUACGACUCAAUCUAUCAAUCAAUACAAAUCAAU